AUGCUAGCUACCGAUUGCCACAUCGGAGUUCAUGGCCGCGAUCCAACCCGAAGCCAUGACUCUCUUGACACAUUUAGAGAAGUCCUAGAGCUCGCCGUGAAGCAUGAUGUCGAUAUGAUUCUCCUCGCCGGCGACCUUUUCCACGAAAACAGACCGAGCCGCGAAUGCUUUUACGAGACGUGUGCUCUCUUGCGGCAGUACACGUUUGGAGAUAAGCCAGUCUCCAUCGAGCUUCUCAGUGACCCAGAUGAUGGGAAAGCUCCUGGCUUUGCCUUCCCCGCCAUCAACUACGAGGAUCCGAAUCUUAAUAUUGCCAUCCCGGUCUUUUCUAUACAUGGGAAUCAUGAUGAUCCACAAGGCGCUGGUGGUCAUAGCGGGGCGCUGUGUGCGCUAGAUCAGCUUUCGGUCAGCGGACUGGUCAAUUACAUUGGCAAAGUCGACAUUCCAACGGAUAUGGACAACGCCGACCUGGCUUCAAUCGUAACUCGACCAGUAUUACUCCGAAAAGGUCAAACCAGGCUCGCUCUCUAUGGUAUAGGUAACGUCAAGGACCAACGAAUGCACCACCAAUUGCGAACGAACAAAAUAUCAAUGUUUACCCCUCAAGACAAGGACGAUUGGUUCAACAUUAUGCUUUUACAUCAGAACAGAGUUCAGCGCGGUCCUCUCGAGAGCGUUCCGGAAGGCAUGUUUGAUGACUCUAUCGACCUCAUUGUCUGGGGACACGAGCAUGAUUGCCGAAUCGAGCCAGAGCCAGUGGCCGGCAAACGCUACUUUAUCUCGCAGCCUGGUUCAACAGUCGCCACAUCGUUGUCAGAAGGAGAGGCAAUCCCAAAGCACUGCGCCUUGCUCGAGAUACAAGGGAAAGCAUUCGAGCUCACGCCGAUCAUGCUAAGGACCGUCAGACCUUUCAAGAUGGACACAAUUCACUUGGCAGAGAUUGCUGAGGAGGAAGAUGUCAAUUUGAAUGACAAAAUUGCAAUCAACGAACUUCUGAAGCAACGGAUACGCAAGCUGGUCAAAGAGGCUAAUGACGAAUUCGCCGAGAGGAACGAAAAUUCAGAGACUCCUGUACCUCCUAUGCUUCCUCUUGUGCGACUAAGAGUCGACGUUACCAAUGUGCCGGAAAUGAGCAACCCUCAGCGUCUUGGUCUCGAGUUUCAGCAAGAAAUAGCAAAUCCACGAGACGUCAUCCACUUUAUUCGCGCCAAACGAAAAGCGACCAAGAAUGUGAUCAACCAACCAGAGCUAGAAAUCGACCAAUUGGGUCUCGAAGGAAAAGCCAAGGUUGAAAAAGUUCGUGUUGGAAAGUUGGUUCAGGAGUUUUUGAGCGUUCAAGAUAUGAUGGUGCUCGGUGCCGAUGGUAUGAACGAAGCUAUUGAAUUAUUUGUCAUGAAGGAUAGUACUCAGGCGAUCCAAUCGUUUAUCCAACGCUCUGAGCGUAACAUGCAAAAGGAAGUUCCUGUUACCGAAGAUAUGGAUGAUAAUGGUAUUGAAUCUGUGUUCGCGGCUGCUCGUGAGGCGCAGGAUGCUCAGAUGAGACAGAAGAAACAAGCUCGGAAGGAGGCAAGAGACACAAACGGAAAUGACGCCGAGGCAGGAUCGAUGGGCUCAGUCGCAGGUGAUAAUCAGUCUAUGCAAGAUGAAGAAGAAGAAGAGGAGACGCCCAUAGUUCCGCCGAAGCGCAAGCCAGCGGCGAGGUCGACACCUGCGCCACCCGCGCCAAAGGCCAAAGCUCGAGCGACUCGAGUGACUACCACCAAAGGAAAAGGAAAGGCCAAGGUUGUUGAAUCUGACUCUGAAGAGGAGAAUUUCGAUGAUAUCAUGGAUAUUGACGAAGUCGACGACGACGAUGAUGAACCAGAGGAAAUGGCGCCUCCGCCCAAGAAGAGUCGAGCGAAGAAGACAACUCCGGCACCAGCACCAGCUAAAAAAGCACCCGCGAAGAGGACCACAGCGAAGGCCAAAGCAACCCAGUCAACACUCUCAUUUGCACCAUCGCGUAGUAAAUCUCAGCAGGCUGUCAUGCUUUCUGACUCUGACUAA